CAAUCGUGCGGCCGAUUUAGGUAUAAUAAGACGAGUGAAAUUGUCCACUGAUUUUCUUCUGUUGUAGACCAUCUCCACUCGUUCGACACAAUGGCACCGGACAAGAAGCAAAAAGGCCGCAACAAGAAAAGCAUCCCGGUGCAAAAUACCAAGAAGGAUGACAAGAAGAUUGCGAACGGCGGCACCAACGGUGACGCGGCUUCCGCCGAUAUGACCGAAGAAGAGGCACUGUGUGCGAAGCUUGACGAGGAGGCACGAAUCAACUCGGAAGCUCGUGCGUGCACCGGUUCGCUUGCCGUGCAUCCGCGAUCGCGUGAUAUUAAAUUUUCCAAUUUUUCCAUCACCUUCUUUGGCUGUGAGUUAAUGCAGGACACUAUGCUCGAGCUGAACUGUGGUCGCCGGUAUGGUUUGCUCGGUGCCAACGGGUGCGGGAAGUCGUCGCUUUUGUCCGUCCUCGGUAACCGUGAAGUUGCGAUCCCGGAUCACAUCGACAUAUUUCACCUGACGCGUGAAAUCCCUGCCAGCUCCAAGAGCGCCCUGCAGUGCGUUAUGGAGGUGGACGAGGAGCGCAUCAAGCUGGAAAAGAUGGCCGACGCCCUGGUCGAUCAGGAGGAUGACGAGGCGCAGGAGCAGCUGAUGGACAUCUAUGACCGGUUGGACGAAAUGUCGGCCGAUCAGGCAGAAGCCAAAGCAUCGCGUAUUCUGCAUGGUCUGGGCUUCUCGAAGCCGAUGCAGCAGAAGGCGGCGAAGGACUUCUCCGGAGGCUGGCGGAUGCGUAUUGCGUUGGCCAGGGCGCUGUAUGUGAAACCGCACUUACUGCUGCUCGAUGAACCGACGAACCAUCUAGAUCUGGAUGCGUGCGUGUGGUUGGAGGAGGAGCUCAAGACGUACAAACGUAUCCUGGUGAUCAUCUCGCACUCACAGGACUUUUUGAACGGCGUGUGCACCAACAUCAUCCAUAUGACGCAGAAACACCUGAAGUACUACACCGGUAACUACGAACAAUUUGUCAAGACCCGCCUCGAGUUGCUGGAGAACCAGAUGAAGCAGUAUAACUGGGAACAGGACCAGAUCGCUCACAUGAAGAACUACAUUGCCCGAUUUGGUCACGGUUCGGCCAAGCUAGCCCGACAGGCGCAAUCGAAGGAAAAAACGCUCGCUAAGAUGGUGGCACAGGGUCUGACGGAAAAGGCGGUGGACGAGAAGCAGUUAAACUUCUGCUUCCCCUCGUGUGGCACCAUUCCUCCGCCGGUGAUCAUGGUGCAGAACGUCAGCUUCCGGUACAACGAUGAGACGCCGUACAUCUACAAAAAUCUCGAGUUUGGUAUCGACCUUGACACGCGGCUUGCCCUGGUCGGCCCGAACGGUGCUGGCAAGAGUACGCUGCUUAAGCUGCUGUACGGCGACCUGGUGCCGACGUCUGGCAUGAUCCGCAAGAAUUCCCACUUGCGCAUCGCCCGGUAUCAUCAGCAUCUGCACGAGCUGCUCGAUAUGGACGUUAGCCCACUCGAUUACAUGCUUAAGAGCUUCCCGGAGGUGGUCGAACGAGAGGAAAUGCGAAAAAUCAUUGGCCGGUACGGUCUGACGGGGCGCCAACAGGUAUGCCCCAUCCGGCAGCUGUCCGACGGACAGCGGUGCAGAGUUGUGUUUGCGUAUCUGGCGUGGAAAAAACCGCACCUGCUGCUGCUGGACGAACCUACCAAUCAUCUGGACAUGGAAACGAUCGAUGCCUUAGCGGAAGCCAUUAACGAUUUCGAGGGUGGCCUGGUGCUCGUUAGUCACGACUUCCGACUGAUCAACCAGGUGGCGGAGGAGAUCUGGGUGUGCGAGAAGGGCACCGUUACCAAGUGGAACGGCAACAUUCUCGACUAUAAGGAACACCUGAAGAAAAACAUUGCCAAGGAGGCCCGAAUCAACACCACUGGGACGGGCAAGUGAAGUGCCGUGAUAGCGACCGGUCAUUCCUUCCCGUUAUCCCACUGUUUACCUUCUCAUCUAGCUUCUCGCCCACCUCCACACGACGCCCCAUUUCUCCUUCUAACCUCGUGAAAUCGAAUGCGUUCAACGAGAGGAUCGAACGCGUUGAUCGUGCUUUACUCUUAUAUACAUUCUAAAGGCUCACAAAAUUGCAAACUCCCCAUCCAUUUUCUCUCACCUAAAUCGUCAGACUGCUGCAGUAGCAGCAAUUAUGCCCUUGAAGGCGCAAUCGUCAUACGACAGCAGCAAUAGAAAUUCACUUAGUCCGGCGCAAUAGCUAGCAAUCAAUCUUACCAAAACGCAACCGUACGUCUACAUAGAGUACUGCUUCGAUAAGAAAAAAAUGGAUUCAAUAAAAUUAUAGCUCAAAUUUAUCAAAAAGCCACAAAUCAUCUCUCAACCGCAUCGGAUUCAGUAAGAUAACGGAGGACCACUACCGUUCUACUAAUUAUUCUUGUCCCGUGUUGUUGAAAGAACACGCGGUAACAUCCACCCUAACAUCCCGCCAAACCUACGCUUGCUACCAAGCUGGACUAAUACACGGCGACGCUGCAUUGGCACGUAUAUAAUUGGUAAUUUAUUAAACUAUGUAUUGCUCUACUGUGGUUUAUUUUUUAACUACCUUAUAAACACCAACAAAAUGUACGUUUACAUAUAUAGAAACGCAAUAAAGUGUAUCCAACUAUGUUCUUUUUCCUUUCUCUCGAUCCUCUUGCUCUAACUCCUGGUCUCCCUCUCUCUUUCCUUCUAUGAUC